CGAAAUGUAUUAAUACAACUGACAGAACAGUGGAAGAGAGAGUACCUGACGAGUCUAAGGGAACAAUCAACACUGAAACAGAAAAACAAUACUCGUGAAAUAUCAAUUGGAGAUAUUGUGUUAUUGAAGAAAGAAUCGACUGCCAGAUGUAUGUGGAAACUGGCUAAAGUAGUGGAACUGCUUCCUGGUUCAGAUGGAAAGGUUCGCGCAGCAAUAGUUAAGGUUGCGAACAGUGAUAAACGACCAAUUUACCUCCGAAGAGUUGUGCAACAUCUUAUCCCAAUCGAGGUGAAGGCUAAUAACGGCCAAGAAACACAACAACAUCCUGUUGUUAAUCCUUCAUCGCCCGUUGUCACUGACAAUGAAUUAAGACCCAAACGUAAUGCUGCAAUUAUUGGAGAGAUUGCUCGAAGAGAAAGGGACACAUAA